UUAAAAAUCACGUAUUCGCCCACGUGUCCACAGCGGGAAAAUUUAUGUGAGAAAAAAGAAGGAAAGAAAUAGAACAAAAUCCUUUUCGUAGGGAUUUUUUCGUGUUCGUGAAAGUGAACCAAAUAAGUGUGCAUAUCAUGUUUUUGAAUUCUACUUCUUUCUGAUUUAAAAAUUUAUAGUAGGAAAUAAAAAAUUCAUAUCGAAGGGUAGAAAAUAAAUAAUUCAAGAAUUCACGGCAAGUGUCCUUUUUCUGCUUUGCGACCGUGGUAAAGUGGUGUUGUACCUAUUCAGUGAAAGUCUGUUUUGGUGCUUGAAGUAAUAUUAUGUAGAGUGUCUGUUUUAUAACAUAAUAUUUAUAUAAUUCAAUUCAAGCUGCAGAUACUUUUCCAUUUUGCCUUGCGGCAUAUUGGAGUCCCAUCAUCAUCAUCAUAAUUUUUAUCAUCGUCAGCAGUAACAGAAGGAGCACCGAACAAAACAAAAAGGAUAGUAAAUAAUCCGACAAAAAUAAAGAGCACACUACAAAACGUAAAAUUAACUAACAACAGUCAUAGCCACAGACAUAGCCACAGUCACCGCCACCGCCACAAAAUGUCAGCAAACAACCGAUAGAUAGACAAACAAACAAAAAAAGUCAAGAACCAAAAAAUAAGAGAAGGGACAAACUUAAGUGUCUCGAGGCUAUGACAAAAUGAAAACGAAACCCUUUGCGAUAGCAGCCAGUGAGAAAAUGAAAUCCGCAAUUUUGUAUCCCUAUGGUCCGUUAACAGGCACAGGAUGCUGUCGGAUGUUACAUGCGAAACAUUUGGCAGUGACCAGUGCCAUAUACACAUUGAACAUUUCAAUAUUAAUCGUCCUCAUAUAUGCGUGGCGAAUAAGUGUCAAUGUCAGACGAUCCGGCGAAUUAGAGGACGUCUAUUAUGGUGUUCAAAUAGCCUACUUUGCUAUAAUCGGGACCCAGAUGUCAAUGAUAUUCCUCAGCGUUAUGUUGAUGUUUGGCAUUUACAAGGAAAACCCCGGAUUAAUUGUGCCUUGGAUAAUUGGCUUUAUAACUUUUAUGGCAUUAGAAGCUGUAGCUAUGGUAUAUUCCAAUGUCCUGCGGGAUCAUGUAAAUAAAGAUUACUCGACCUGCAUUAUUCUAGAACUGCAAAUUAUGAAGCAAUCGUUUCGCGAGCGUGUUUGGUAG